CAAGAGAGCAGUAUAUAAGAGCUCAUAGCUAUCAAUCAACAUACUUGAGAUAAGAGAGAAGAGACAGAGAGACACGAGAGGAAGGAGCAACUAUGGAUCAGAAUCAGAGUAAAUAUUGUGAAUUUAAAGGUCAACCUCGACUCCCGAAAUUCGCAAUUCCGAAACGCUACGAUCUGAAGUUGAAACCCGAUCUCGUAACCUGCAAAUUCACUGGUGUUGUCGCUGUCACCGUCGAUGUCGUCGCCGAUACCAAGUUCAUUGUCCUUAAUGCCGCCGAACUCUCGGUGGAUCCCAAGUUUGUGCAAUUCAAAGGCCCUAAAGUAUUGGAGGCAUUGGAGGUUGAAUUGGUGCAGGAAGAUGAGAUACUGGUGGUGGAGUUUGGUGAGAGUCUUCCGAUUGGCGUUGGGGUUUUGAGUAUUGCUUUUCAGGGAACCUUAAAUGAUAGGAUGAAAGGCUUUUACAGAAGCACCUACGAACACAAUGGGGAGAAAAAGAAUAUGGCAGUGACACAGUUUGAGCCAGCUGAUGCUAGGCGAUGUUUUCCGUGUUGGGAUGAACCUGCUUGUAAGGCUACAUUCAAAAUUACAUUGGAAGUGCCAUCAGAACUUGUAGCUCUUUCCAACAUGCCUGUUAUUGAGGAAAAAGUGAGCAACAAUCUUAAGACUGUGUAUUAUGAGGAGUCGCCAAUCAUGUCUACAUAUUUGGUGGCAGUUGUUGUUGGCUUGUUUGAUUAUGUUGAAGAUCAUACAUCAGAUGGAGUUAAUGUUCGCGUAUAUUGCCAUGUUGGCAAGGCAAAUCAAGGGAAAUUUGCUUUAGAUGUUGCGGUUAAAACACUUGGAUUAUACAGAGAGUAUUUUGCUGUGCCAUAUUCACUACCAAAAUUGGACAUGGUUGCGAUUCCUGAUUUUGCUGCUGGAGCCAUGGAAAAUUAUGGAUUGGUUACAUAUCGGGAAACAGCAUUGCUCUAUGAUGAAAAGCACUCUGCAGCUGCUAACAAGCAGAGGGUUGCAAUUGUUGUAGCCCAUGAACUUGCACACCAGUGGUUUGGCAAUCUUGUGACAAUGGAAUGGUGGACACAUUUAUGGCUGAAUGAGGGAUUUGCAACAUGGGUGAGCUAUUUAGCAGCAGAUAGCUUGUUCCCAGAAUGGAAAAUUUGGACUCAGUUUCUUGAAGAAAGUACUGAGGGUCUACGGCUGGAUGGACUUGCAGAAUCACACCCCAUUGAGGUGGAUAUAAAUCAUGCAAGUGAAAUUGAUGAGAUUUUCGAUGCAAUAAGUUAUAGAAAAGGUGCAGCUGUCAUCCGAAUGCUACAGAGCUAUCUUGGUGCUGAAUGUUUUCAGAGGGCUCUUGCUUCAUACAUACAAAGACAUGCUUGCUCAAAUGCAAAGACAGAAGAUUUAUGGUCUGUCCUUGAGGAGGCAUCCGAUGAACCUGUGAACAAGCUAAUGAACUCAUGGACAAAGCAAAAAGGUUACCCCGUUGUGUCUGUCAAAGUCAAAGAUCAGAAAUUGGAGUUUGAGCAGUCACAAUUCUUGUUGAGUGGUUCACACGGGGAUGGUCAAUGGAUUGUUCCAAUAGUACUGUGCUAUGGUUCAUACGAGUCUCGUCAAAGUUUUUUAUUGCAAACAAAAUCUGAAGCACUUGAUAUAAAUGAAUUCUUGGGUUUCUCAAUAUCCAAAGCCAGCCUCAUGGAGACAGGAAAGGAAGGCAAAAGUAAUUCAGUAUGUGCUUGGAUAAAACUUAAUGUGGACCAGACAGGUUUCUAUAGAGUGAAAUAUGAUGAGGACCUAUCAGCUAGGCUUAGAUAUGCAAUAGAGGGCAAAUGCUUAUCUACAUCGGAUAAAUAUGGCAUCUUGGAUGAUUCAUAUGCCUUAUGCAUGGCUUGCCAGCAGUCUUUGACCUCUUUGCUUACUUUAAUGGGUGCUUACAGGGAGGAAAUUGAUUAUGCUGUGCUGUCUAACUUGAUUAGUAUGAGUUAUAAAGUUGCAAGAAUUGCAGCCGAUUCUGCUCCCGCAUUACUGGAUAACAUUAAACUAUUUUUCAUCCAUCUUUUCCAGUAUUCUGCAGAGAGACUUGGAUGGGAUCCUAAACAUGGGGAGAGCCACUUAGAUGCCAUGUUGAGAGGCGAGCUUUUGACCGCCCUGGCUAUUUUUGGACAUGAUGCAACACUAAAUGAAGCAAGCAGGCGUUUCCAUGCUUUCUUGGACGAUAGAGAUACAAGUGUUCUCCGCCCUGACUUGAGAAGGGCUGCAUAUGUGGCGGUGAUGCAGAAUGUGAGCACAUCAAAUAAAUCAGGUUAUGAAUCACUUUUGAGAGUGUAUAGAGAGACUGAUCUUAGCCAAGAAAAGACACGAAUUUUAGGUUCAUUAGCGUCAUGUCGAGAUCCCAACAUUAUUCUUGAAAUCCUCAACUUCUUGUUGUCGUCUGAGGUUCGAAGCCAAGAUGUUGUUUUCGGACUUGCUGUUAGUAGGGAAGGGUGUGAAACAGCUUGGAAAUGGCUCCAGAACAAUUGGGAUCACAUCUCAAAGACUUAUGGUUCUGGUUUUCUGAUAACUCGCUUCAUCAGUGCAGUUGUGUCACCUUUCUCUUCGUAUGAAAAGGCAAAAGAAGUAGAAGAGUUUUUCGCAAGUCGUUCUAAGCCUUAUAUUGCUAGGACUUUGAAGCAGAGCAUUGAGCGAGUUCACAUCAACACGAAAUGGGUUCAAAGCAUUAAGAAUGAGAAACAUCUUGCUGAGGUUGUACAGGAGCUAGCACACAGAAAGUACUAGGAUGCAGUUCUGUGUGACCUGGUUUUGUUCUUGAAAUGAUGUUCUUUUACUGAACUUUGCUAUUCAUGACUCGUCUUCUCUCUCUUACAUGAGCAAUCAAUAUCUUUUAAAUAAUAAUUACUUGUUUCUUUUUGGAAAUUAUAUUUUGGUGGUUGAUAGUUUUACUUCUAUAUUUCUCUCCUUGUGCUUGCGCAUGUUUUGUCUGUUCUUGAAAAGUCCGUGAUCAACUAUGCUUUGUUUAGAGUGAACAACAUUCUGUCUGAUAUAAUACAAUUUUUGUUUUGAUCAGACUAAUAAAAUA